AUGAAGGAAGACCGACCGUACCUGAGCGUGUGGAAUUACAUGAAGCAAAACAAUGACAGGUGGGAUCGCCAGAUGGAGUGUCAACCAGGCCCAUCGCGAGCGCCCGCACGCAUUAUUAUGGUGACUCCGGACAAUCUCCAACCUAUGUAUACACCCCAGGGUGCCUGUGCUCAGCCUCCAGCGUAUCGCGCAGUCCACCUCCAUCCGGCUCAAACUCAAUCGACUGAUCCCCACAAUCCUAUCCAUCAUCAGAUCAUCACUCAGAACUCGGAGGUGGAAACGAGGCAUCAUCUCCGUGUUGUCGAAGCAGAGGAAGAAGAAGCUGAAGAAAGUCAACCCGAUGAGGAAUCCGGUCGCGACAAGAACAGUCGUAAAGAGCCUCAUCGCCUCCUAACUCUGGAGCAGAAGCGUGAGGUCAUCAGGAUGUUCGAGGAGGACAAAGUCAAGGCGAGAGAUCUGAUGGAACUUUUCAACAUCGGCAAGACGCAGGUCUAUGCAAUCUUGAAGCAAAGGAACACCAUCAAGGAGGAAUUCGCACAAGCUAAGACCGAACACGACAAGCAAUCGAAGAGGAAAACACGGCAGACCGGCAAUGAAGGGAUCGACGAGAUCGUACAUCGGUGGUACGUCGAUGCUCGUUCGAAAAACAUGUUCGUCACGGGUACACAGCUCAAGGAGCACGCAAAGGUCGUGGCUGACGCUCUUGGUCGUCGGGCGUUCAAAGCCUCUAACGGAUGGCUUGAAUGUUUCCGUAGAAGACACGGUAUCGUCAUUCCGAAAAGUAGAAACGCCAAAGACAACGCGGAGCUCACCGUGCCAGAUGGGGAUAUUCUUUCGAUGCAACGACUAUGGGCGCAACAGCUCCAGUCCCACAUUCGCGAUUAUUCAGAAGCAAACAUCUACUGCCUCGAUGUGACCACCAUCUACUACCAGGCUACUCCUCGUUGCAUAAAGACAUCCCUAGGCGAUGCUCUCUAUCCUCCGGGACCGAAAUUCUCAGUCUUAUUGUGCGCGUCUGCGACGGGCGAAAAAGAGUUCCCUUUGGUAGUUGGGAAUGCGCAACUUCUCUCCCAAGUGGUGACCAACAUGAGGAUUGUAUUCCGUCGGAGCCAUACGAGUGGCUGUGAAAUCCCCCCGGAGUGCUUGGAGGAGUACAUUCGGAACUUGAGUGAUAGAAUGAGGCGUGAGAACCGUUGCAUAGUCCUCUUCUUGCUCCUGCCUCAACAAGCAGUAUACAUAAUGGGGAAGCAUUUCGCUAACGUGAAGCUUGUGCAUUGGCAGCAAAGUACAGCCGUGUCGCAGCCGAUGCGACAAGGCGUAUUCCAUCGAUUCAAACUCAGCUAUCGGAUCCUCGCGAUGAGAAACAUGAUCGCCAAUGGAGGUCCCCAAGCUAUAUCGCUCAUCGACGCUCUCAUGUACAUCUCGCGAGUGUGGCACGAAAACAUACAAGAUGCCACGAUACGGAAAGCGUUCUGGAAAGCUGGAUUCCCUGUGUAUCUGCAGAAUUCCUUCGACAAUCCUUCCCGUGAAACAGAGGUCGCCGAAGAGAUGCGGGAGUUGCAAAGAUUAGUUGGAGUGUAUUCGGGCGAGAAUUGCGCAGACGUCGCUAAGGACUACAUCGAUCUGGAAAAAGCAGUCGAGGAAGGCUACAGCAUCGAUAUGCAACAGCAAACUUAUGGAUACCCGACCAACAGCGGCAUUACGGACGACUACGGUAAUCUAUUCGGCAUCACGAAUGGCGAGGAGGUGUUGAUGCAGGCCCCUGCCAUAAACUCGUACCAGGGAGCGCUGAUGGAACUUCGGAGAUUGCAGCAGUUCGCUCUGAAAUUCAACGAUUUCGAACUGCAGGAGAUUCUCUUCAACGCUCGUUGCGCUGCCGAAGAUCGCAGCGCGGCGCGGGUGGUCGCCGAAAAAUAUCUCACCCUCCUCUAGGAAGAACGGCAUUCGUCGUAGUGCCUUUGGCGCUGCGAGGCUGCUAUCGCCCAAAACAUUCGACGAUGAGAUCGAGAAGAACUUAUUUUGACUACAGCC